AUGGGAAACGGGAAAGCUAUUAAAUUCUGGUAUGAUAUUUGGAUUGGGAACACAGCUCUGAAGUACCGGUGGCCGAACCUUUACAGUUUGGAGAAAUCUAAACUCUGUUCUGUUUUUGAUCAGCUGCGGAGGGUGGAUAACAACCUGCGUUUCUUUCCGGAGUGGCGAAAAGGCAUUUCUUCAGUAGCAGAGAUCUCAGAGAUGCAGGUAUCUUAUUUAUUAGUUAAUGUGUCGUUUACAGGUUCGGACGAUACAUGGAACUGGAAGACAGACACUCGACAACCCUUUUCUGUAGCUGAUGUGAAAACGCUGAUAAAGGAAGGCACAGAACAGCCGAGUAACUACAAGAUGAAGUGGGAGACUUGGGUUCCAGGCAAGGUUAAUUUAUUUGUAUGGCGAACUGAAAUGGAGCGCAUUCCUACAAAGAUAGUACUUCGUAGUCGGAACAUUGAUAUGCCAGAUGUGACUUGCGUUUUAUGUGAUGUGGAGGACGAGGACGUGAUGCAUUUGUUUACUGGGUGUGGCUUUUCCUUUGGUGUUUGGUCUGCGGUAGGUAAUUGGUGCAAGAUAGGCCCUAUUUUUGCUUUCGAUUUUGAAGAUUUGUUAAAUCUGCAUCAUCAUAUUCCAGCUAACAAACGGGGGAAACGGACUGUCAAAGGGAUUGUUAUGAUAACCUGCUGGGCUAUAUGGAGGGCUCGAAACGCCAAAGUUUUCCAAGCAAAAGAGCCGAAGGUUACGGAAGUCGUUUAUUCUAUUAAGUCUUGGUCGUAUUUGUGGUUAAAAAACAGGACUAGGUUUUGUUCCAUUCUGUGGAAAGAUUGGGCGAUUAAUCCCUUGUAUAUGUUGUAA